AUGGCUGCUUCUGAUGCCCAUAGAGGCUGCAACAAUCGUGAAGUUACUCUUGAUUUCCUGAAGGGCAGUGGGCGACCUGGUUUAGGACAUGAUGUUCAGUAUCAAUAUCAAGGUUUCUGGUGUUUUGCUAAAGGGAUAGAAAAUGUAAUUGAUUUCCAACAGAACUUCAAGGCUUUGGAAUCUGAUCUAUUAAUAGCCUCAGUACCCAAAUCAGGCACCAUCUGGUUGAAAGCACUCGCCUUUGCGAUCAUCAACCGUGUUCACUACCCUUGUUCUCCUUCUUCGAAGAAUUAUCACCAUCACCCACUGCUUACAGCUUCGCCUCAUGACCUUGUUCCUUUCGUUGAGUUCAAACAUCUUUAUCCAAAUCAUAGUCUUCUCGAUUUCACCAAUAAUAGUACUGCUCAUGAUUCUCAAUGCAGACUCAUAGCUACCCAUGUCCCUUACCCUUCUUUGCCAGAAUCUUGCAGGAUCGGUACUACAAAUUGCAAGAUUAUCUACUUGUGUAGAAACCCUCGAGACAACUUCAUCUCUAUGUGGCUGUUUAUGAACAAACUGAGGGCAUCGCCAGCAUUAGCAAGUGAUAGUAAUCCUUCCUUGUCAAUUGAAGAAGCAUUUGAGUUUUUCUGCGACGGGGUCUCAGAAUUCGGACCGUUUUGGGAUCACGUACUUGGGUAUUGGAAAGAGAGUAGAGAGAAGCCUCAUAAAGUGUUGUUUCUAAAGUAUGAAGAUCUGAGGAAAGAACCGAUAACUCAAUUGAAGAGACUUGCGGACUUUAUGGGUUCCAGUUUCAGUUUAGAAGAAGAAAGACAAGGAGUGAUAGAAGAUAUAUCAAGGUUAUGUAGUUUCGAGCACAUGAAGAAUUUGGAUGUGAAUAAGAACACAACUUGGAGAAAACGUAUCGAUAACAAAGUCUACUUCAGGAAAGGUGAGAUUGGUGAUUGGAAGAAUUAUUUGACACCACAAAUGGUUGAACGACUCGAUUGUCUCAUGGAAGAGAAGUUGCAAGGGUCAGGCUUAGUGUUCUGA